AUGUCGCAGCCAGCACCUCCUGCCGCCACCGCUCUAUCCAUAAUCGGCAACACGCCAGUUCUGCAUCUUCGCAAAAUCACCCCGAACAAUGACACGCAUGCCUCCAUCUACCUCAAGCUUGAGUCCGUGAACCCCACGGGCUCAUAUAAAGACCGUAUGGCACUGUCCAUGAUCGAGGAAGCCGAAGCCCGCGGGGACCUGAAGCCGGGGAUGACAGUUGUCGAAGCAACAGGUGGGAGCACAGGCUCUUCGCUUGCAUUUAUUUGCGCGAUGAAGGGAUAUAACUUCCACGUUGUGAGCUCAGAUGCCUUUGCCGCGGAGAAAAUCCGGACAAUGCGUGCGUAUGGGGCCGAGGUGGAAAUUGUGCAUGCUCCUGGUGGGAAGAUCACGAAGGAAUUGUUCCCGGAGAUGAUGCGGAGGGCGAAGGAGCGCGUCGAGUCGGACCCCGAUGUAUUCUACUAUGCGAACCAGUUCCAUAAUAGCGAUGCCUUGCCUGGGUAUGCUUCGCUUGGAGGCGAGCUCGUGGCGCAGUUUCCCGGAGGGAUUGAUGCGUUCUGCGGUGCGGCGGGGAGCGGAGGCAUGCUGAUGGGGGUUUCUCAGGUCCUGAGAGCGAAAUGGCCAAAGACAAAGGUUGUCGUUCUUGAGCCUGCGUCUUCACCGGUGAUUUCGGAGGGGAGGGCUGGCGUACAUGGUGUGGAGGGCAUUGCCCCGGGGUUUGUCCCGCCGCAUUUGGAACGCGAGCUGUAUGAUGAGGCAUGGGGAAUUGAUGAGGCAGAGGCGAGAGCCAUGUGCCGAAGACUUGCGAGGGAGGAAGGCAUUCUUGUUGGGACGUCGACGGGGUUGAAUGUUGUUGCUGCAGUGAAAUUGGCCAAAGAGCUGGGGCCAAGGAAGACGGUCGUUACCGUUGCUUGCGAUUCUGGGCUGAAGUACUUGAAUGGGAAUCUACUGGCGGAUAAUUAG